AUGGAGAUUGAAACUUAUAAUAUCGAGUUACCCAACUAUCUCGUUGUUGGUGUUGAUGAUUACGACCAAAGUGGUGGAUCAACAAUAAAAACAAAAACCGACGGAAAAAAAGGGAUUCCUUGGACUAAAGAUGAACAUAGGAAAUUUCUGGAGGGACUUGAACAAUUCUCCAAAGGCGAUUGGAGGAGCAUAUCGAGAUUUUUCAUAGUGUCAAGAACUCCAACUCAAGUGGCUAGUCAUGCUCAGAAAUACUUUCAACAUCAAGGAACUAAAAAACAUAAGAAGCAGAGAAAGAGACCAAGCAUUCAUGACACUCCAUCAGUUAUAGAAGAAGCAAACAACACCAUGAAUAGUCUUAAUGUCCCUGGUGGAGCUGCUCAUGCACCAGUAAUGAUGGUUCAUCCUAAUCAGCAGUCAUUGCCGAAAAUGGAUGAUCCAUAUGCAAGAAGCCAAGGAGGUUCGUUUCCGAGUAUUCAUGACACUCCUUUUGUUGCAGACAACAAGAAGUGGAGUUGCUCAUAA